AUGAGUAAAAUCAGCAGGGAGGCUCUCGCUGAGACGGUUGCCGAAGUGGUCAAGGCGGCGCAAGACAAGAAACGCAAAUUCCGUGAGACUGUCGAGCUCCAAGUUGGCCUCAAGAACUACGAUCCCCAAAAGGACAAGCGUUUCUCUGGAUCUGUCAGACUGAAGUUUGUUCCUCGCCCACAAAUGAAGGUGUGCGUGCUCGGUGACCAACAACACUGCGACGAAGCAAACGCUGCCGGAAUUAGCUGCAUGAACGCCGACGACUUGAAGAAGCUCAACAAGAACAAGAAGCUCAUCAAGAAAUUGGCUAAGGGAUACAGCGCUUUCCUCGCCUCCGAGUCGUUGAUCAAGCAAAUUCCCCGUAUUCUUGGCCCAGGAUUGAACAAGGCCGGAAAGUUCCCAUCGGUUGUCACCCACGGAGAUUCUCUUGUCGCCAAGGUCGAGGAAGUGAAAGCUACCAUCAAGUUCCAAAUGAAGAAGGUGCUCUGUCUUUCCGUUGCCGUCGGACACGUCGACAUGUCGCCAGAAGAAUUGAUCAGCAACCUUUCCCUCUCAAUCAACUUCCUUGUGUCGCUCCUUAAAAAGAACUGGCAAAACGUCCGUUCAGUCACUGUCAAGUCUACGAUGGGACCCCCACAAAGACUCUAU